AUGGCAGUCAUCAUCAUCGGGCGCGCCGUCAUCUCCAUAUUCGCUACCCUAAUCGCGUGGUGCGGGCUUCGCUGGCACGUCGGAUUCACGGUGCAGAACAGGUUUACCUGGGGCAUGAGAGGGAGCUACAUCCCGCUCGUGCAGCGCGUGAUGUUGAACUUCAUUUGGUGCGCGAUCCAGGCGUGGAAUGGCGGGAAACUAGUCACCGUCAUGCUCACCGCCAUAUUUCCGUCGUUUGCGACGGUUCCGAACUCGCUGCCCGCCAACGUUCCGGCCACGACCUCAGAAAUGAUCGGGUUCUUUGUCUUCUGGAUCUGCUCAGUACCUUUCCUUUGGGUCCCGCCUGAGAAAUUUCGCCGUCCGUUCCAAAUGAUUUCCAUCUAUUGUGGGCUAGUCAUGCUUUGUAUGCUCAUAUGGUCGCUGUCAGUCGCCCGAGGCGUAGGACCCGUAUUCCACACCGGAACCAAGAUGUCCGUGAAAUGGUCCACAUCCUGGAUCAUGCUCUCCACCCUCAACAGCAUCAUAGGCGGCAACGCGGCGGGCAUGACGAACGGCUCUGACUUUUCGCGCUACGGAAAGUCUGCUAGAGCCUACAUCCUAGGCACCUUUGCCUGCCUCUUCUGCACAGGCACGCUUGUCUCUUUUGUCGGUCUUGUCGUGACAGCGGCAGCUCAGAAGAUCUACGGCAAGGUGUACUGGAACCCGCCCGACUUGCUCAUGCGGAUGAUGGAGAGCGGCGACGGGAGCUCAAAGGCUCGAGCCGGUGUGUUCUUUCUCGCGCUCGGGUUCGCGCUUACUUCUGGCUUCGAGAAUAUCUGCGGCAAUGCGGUCGCCGGCGGCAUCGAUCUUUCAGGGAUGUUCCCGCGCUAUAUCAACAUCCGGCGCGGCGCGUUCAUCACCUUCCUCGCCAUCUGGAUCGUCCAGCCGUGGCAGCUAAUCAACCGCGCAGCGACGUUCCUUACCGUCGUCUCCUCCUUCUCCGUCUUCCUCGCGCCCAUCAUGGGCCUCAUGUGCGCCGACUACUUUUUGCUGCGCAGGCAGAGAAUUAUGCUCUCGGAUCUGUACGAGCCGUACGGGUCGUAUCACUUUUGGCAUGGGGUCAACUGGAGGGCUAUCGUCGCGUGGCUUGUCGGAUGGGCGCCGACGAUAGGAGGACUGAUCGCGACCGUGAAGCCUCUGCCGAACGCUUCUCGCGCCUUGUUCGAGCUGUACUACCUCUCGUUCUUCUACGGAUUCUUUAGCUCGUUUGUGGUCUUCUACGUCGUGACCGUCACCUUCCCCGUCGCCGGGAUGGGCGACAUUGACAACGUCGACACCUUUGGCACGUUCACGCCGGAUGAAUGCAAGCGUUUGGGAAUCGCAGCCCCAGAGUCCCCGGCCGAGUCGGGUACAACGGACAGGUCUCUUGAGAAAACGGAGAUGGACGAGAAAGCCGUCGUCGUCGAUCUAGAGUAUCGAUGA